GGCCAGAUAUCUGUGAGGUUAUGGCAUUUUGCACAAAAUGUAACCACUUUAUACCCAAUAUUUGGUGCUGACAGAGCAUAUAGAAUGCAUCUAACUGCUCCAAGUCAACUUGUAAGAGGGUCCAGGUUUCUGACCCAUGUAGCAAUACAGGUGGAAUACAGGUUUGUUUGAACCUAAAGUUUGUCUCAGUGCAGACAUUUUUGCUCCCAUAAGCAAAACAUGGACUUUGUGCAGGAAAUGUCAAGACCAAUUCAUCGGAGGACAUCCCGUUUACUGCAACCAUUUGUACUCUGCUUGCAACCUAGUUAGGUGCUUGACUGCAUGUGCACCAGGGGUUCUAAUGGUCCAGCUCCAAAGUUGUGGACCUUAGUCUUCUGCAUGAGAUGUUCAACCCCAUAGUGUGUGGGAAGCAUCUUGGAAACCUUGAAAGACAGGGUUGAAAUUCUCUUGCUUCACCACAAGCAGGGCAACACCAUCGUCAUAGUCUUGGUCAGUGAACACUUUGAUCAAACUUGAUUCUGACGUUUGGUGUGGCAAGUCCGAAUGUCCAGUGAAAAGCUUGACAGAACAGUGCCGGGGCGUUGUGAAAAUUGUGCACCAGAUUUAUCUGAACAUCUGGGAUGCCAACUCUUUUCAGUGUGAGCCAAAGUGCUGACCUGUCAGCCAAAUAAAAAGCUACUUUGAUGUUGCUAUAUGUCACAAGAAGUGGGCCAAAAGAAGUCUGGCUCAGUGCAGCUUAGCCAGAAGCUGCAGGGUAAAGACAGCAUCCACUGUCAAGUGCCCAGCAGUGAAACCUGAUUGCUGUGGAUAAUGUUGCCUUUUAAGAAGAGGCUGCAUCCUACCAAGCAGAAUGUUAGCAAAGAUCUUUCCAGAGACUGAUAGCAAUGAGAUCAGCCUGUAAUUGCAACACUCAGUGCAAGAUCCUUUACCUUUGUACAGGGACACUAUGAUGCCAUUUUUCCAUUCUGUUGGUAGCCUGCCUGAUGCACACACUUUUAAGAACUGAUGUGGGGUCAGUGCUCACUUGUUCCAGCUUGGGUGGAAUGCCAUCAAGUCUAGAAGAGGGAGAAAGGGGAUUACAAAGUCAUAGGGUGCAGGGAGGUGAGUGGGUAAAGAACCUGUCAUCACACUCAUAUUGGAGGGACAGGAACUACAAUAGAACUCAUAAAGGGGAAUGGAAUCUGUCUUCUGCAUGAGGAACCUUACCUCUGACAUUUUCUAACUUUUAGGUGCUAGACUUUGCAGACUUACCAUUAUUUUAACAUAGGUUUUUGUAUGAUUUACAUAUUUAUAUUAACCAAUCACACUCAGUUUUGCGUGUAUCAAGUACUACUAGCUCACUGAUCCCAGAAACAGAACUCAAAAUGUAUCUCCUAACCAUCUUCUUAAUCCACACAAUCAUCAGUGGCCUGCCAGGAGGGGAGAGGGAACUCUCAGUACUCGGCUGUUUAUCCUGAAAUGUAGGUUGUGGAGGAGAUGUGGCUGAGUCUCUUAUUUUGUCUGGAUUGUAGGGGGAACCACCAGAGGGACAGAUCUUCCUGUAGAAGAAAGAUGUCAGAUAUGGAACUUCCAAUAUGAAUAAUUAAUGUCUCAUUGGGUAUUGGAGGUAUUCCAUGUAUUCACAGGAAAGACUUGGAGCCCCAUAAACUGCUCAGCAAGGCACCAGCUCUUCCUGCUGCUCACAAUUCAGAUUCUCCUACCAGAUGAGUCCUCAGUUCCCUAGCCAGUGAAGUGGGAGGAGGGUGGACAACUCUGGAGCAGGAUAAGAGUGGAUUCUCUCUCUGCUUUUACCAGAAGGGAAACUGCUCCCAUGCACUCCCGCUUACUUUAAUAUCUGCUCAACAACUCUAGGUUGCUAAGUUGAUAUCAAGCCACAGGUCUUUGUAAGAUUACUAAUUAAUUGACCAAAAUGUCAAUCUUGGUAUAAUAGUAUCUUGAUGUAAUAGUAUCAAAGCAGAAUGCUUUAUGAACUUGUUGGCUUAGCUCCUUUAGCCUGCUGGGCUGAUGUGAAGGCAAAGGUGUGUAUGAGGUUACUGAGUGGGAUGCUGGUUACAACUGUGUUGGCAUAAUGUCAAAGGAUAGGCUGUGGUGUAGCCACUUAGCAACUCUAGUUUACUAAGAUGAUGUUAAGACUCAGGCUAUUUAACUGAACACCUCCAGCUUGCUGGUCUGAUGUAAAGGGGCAGGUCUCUGGGAAGUAAGGUCACUGGCUCAAAAGCUACUGCUUGAUGGGCUGAUAUCAAGGCUAGGAUAUCUGUGAUAUCACUGGGUCAGCAUCUCUAGCUUCCUCCAUGUCUCUUGAGGCACAUUCCUUGGUAAGAUAACUGUCCCAAUCCCUCUAGCUGUCUAGUAUAUCAAGGCAGAGGACCCUCUAAAGUUACUGAUUCAGCAUCUGUAACUUGCUGGUCUGAUGUUAAAGCACAGCGUUCUGAGAGCUCUCAGUUCUUGACAUCAACCAGGAGGGUCACUGCCUCACCUCCACUGAUUGACUGGGCUGAUUUUGGGGCAGAGGCUUCUAAGAGGGUUACUGAUUUAGCAACUACAGAUUGGUGGAAUGAUGACAGGUGAAAAGCUCUGUGAGGCUCUAGCUCAGUAUAUUCAGCUCACUUGCUUGAUGUUAGUGGACAUGCCUUUGUGAGGUUACUGAUUCAUUUCCUAUAACUCACUGGUCUGGUGUCAAGAUAGAUUGUUUUUGCUGAGCCAGUGAAUUCACACUUCUAGCAUGUUGGUCUGAUGUCAAGGCACAGGUCUCUGCAAGAUCACUAACUCAGUAUGUGAAGCUUGCUGAUAAGGCUCAGCCUCUUUGAGAUUAAGUAUCAAAGGGGUAGCCAUGUUAGUCUGGAUCUGUAAAAGUGGCAAAGAGUCCUGUAGCACCUUAUAGACUAACAGACGUAUUGGAGCAUAAGCUUUCGUGGGUGAAUACCCACUUUGUUGGAUGCAUGUAGUCAAAAUUUCCAGAGGCAGGUAUAAAUAUGCAAGCAAGAAUCAGGCUAGGGAUAAUGAGGUUAGUUCAAUCAGGGAGGAUGAGGCCCUCUUCUAGCAGUUGAGGUGUGAACAUCAAGGGAGGAGAAACUGCUUUUGUAGUUGGCUAGCCAUUCACAGUCUUUGUUUAAUCCUGAGCUGAUGGUGUCAAAUUUGCAAAAGAACUGAAGCUCAGCAGUUUCUCUUUGAAGUCUGGUCCUGAAGUUUUUUUGCUGCAGGAUGGCUACCUUUAAAUCUGCUAUUGUGUGUCCAGGGAGGUUGAAGUGUUCUCCUACAGGUUUUUGUAUAUUACCAUUCCUAAUAUCUGAUUUGUGUCCAUUUAUCCUUUUACAUAGGGACUGUCCAGUUUGGCUGAUGUACAUAGCAGAGGGGCAUUGCUGGCACAUGAUGGCGUAUAUUACAUUGGUGGACGUGCAGGUGAAUAACCGGUGAUGGUGUGGCUGAUCUGGUUAGGUCCUGUGAUGGUGUCGCUGGUGUAGAUAUGUGGGCAGAGUUGGCAUCGAAGUUUGUUGCAUGGAUUGGUUCCUGAGUUAGAGUUACUAUGGUGUGGCGUGUAGUUGCUGGUGAGAAUAUGCUUCAGGUUGGCGGGUUGUCUCUGGGCGAGGACUGGCCUGCCUCCCAAGGCCUGUGAAAGUGAGGGAUCGUUUUCCAGAAUGGGUUGUAGAUCACUGAUGAUGCGUUGGAGAGGUUUUAGCUGAGGACUGCAUGUGAUGGCCAAUCUUUGAGACUGUUCGUUCUGCAGCUUUAGCAUACUGAGCUAGUGUCAAGGCUGCAAGGGUCAUUGUUUCAUAAACUCUGUAUUACUGGCCUAAUGGCAAUAUGCAAAUUUCAAUGAGCUUUCAUAUUCAGUAGCUGGGCAAAAGCUAAGUUACGAGCCUUUGCAAGGUUAUCUGCUUAUCCACUCUAGCUUUGUAGGGCUGUAUGAAGAUGUGCAUUUGUGAGUUCACUGGCUCAAUAACCCUAACUUGGUGAGCUGCUGUGAAACCACAGAUCUCUGAGAUUGCUCACUGUGAGUACUGGCUCAGCACUAUUGGUUAAGGCCGAUCAAAAUAGGAAUGGGAGCACAACAAUUUGUGGUUUCAUGUGUAUUAAUAUAUGGUGAAAUGACAUUCCAACGUAAAAGAUGAUGUACUGUAUGAUGAGAGGAAAAAUGGUCCAGUGGUUAGUGUACCAGCCUGGGCUUCAGGAGACGAAGUUUCAAUUCUCUACCCUGUUGCAGUCUUCCUGUGACACCUUGGGCAGUUUCUCAUCUAUAAAACAGAGAUAAUCAUACUUCCCUACCUCCCAGCGAUGUGGUGAGGAUUAAUGUAUUAAGGGCUGUGGUGCAUAUCAAGUAGGGUAGGAAAGGAAUCAGUACCUGCUAAACACAAAAAUGUAUCCUACUGGAAAGGAGGGAUAGUGGGAAGCAGCAGGCUUUCUUUGUCAAAUAGAGGGGGAGUCCUCAACAGGGACAGAUCUUCCUUUAGUAGAAAGGAGGCAUACAGGAGACUUCCAGCUUGGACAGUUCUCCCAUCAGGCACUGGUGCUAGUGGUAUUACUAUUCAUUAUUUGUAUUACCUUAGUGCCUAGGAGCCCAAGUCAUAAACCAGGCCUUUGUGCUACGCGCUGUACAAACACAGAAAAAGACAGCCCCUGCGCCGAGGAUCUUGCAAUCUAAGUAUAAGAGAUAGCACAUGGAUACAAACAGAAUGGGGAGUACAAAGAAACAAUGAGAUAAUACUGGUGACAGACAGCAGUCACUGGUACUAACCAGACUGCUUGGAGCAGUAUAAACUUAUGAAAAAGGCACCAGCACUGUUUUGGAUGGCCUGAAGGGGAGCAAGUUGAGUAACAGGGAGAAGAUUGCAAGCAUAGAAGACAGACUGGGUGUGGGGUGGCAGAAGAGAAGAGACUAGGUUUUGGGUCCUUCAGUGUUUCUAGCACAUGAGUUUAUCAUGAGUCUUGUGAUAUUGGGUGACUUUCUUAAAGCCUCUGCUUCUGGAGUCACGUGAUUAUAUGAGAAUCUAAGCUUUAAUUUAAACAAAACAAACCACCCAACCCCAUAGCGUCUGGCCCUGCUGGUUACAGAGAAAAACUGGAAGAUGGGAGCUCUAAAGAAAAUUUAAAUAAAAGAACCCCUGUUGUAUUAUUUGUUAACAGUUCAUGAUUUGGGGGGCUGGGACUCAUGACUGUUGUACACUGGAGCUGGUUGGGACACUGCCUGACAGGCUGGUGAAAGAGCGCUGGGCCAGGAUUGGCAGCAGAGCUCCUGCAGAGCAGGCUGGGUCCAGGCAGCCCAUUUACCAGGCCAUGCGGAGCAGGAGGGAUCUGGGCUGGGCUGCCUGAACCAGGCUAAGAAGGUGGCUGCAGAACCCGGCUGGCCCCAGGUAGGGUUGCCAGGUGUCCGGUUUUCAACCAGAAUGCCCAGUUGAAAAGGGUCUCCGGCAGGGCCGUUAAAAGUCUGGACGGUGGUGCAGCGGGGCUAAGGCAGACUCCCUGCCUGCCCUGGCUUUGCGUGGCUCCCAGAAGUGGCCAGCAUAUCUGAGUCCUAGGCGCAGAGGUGGCCACAGGGGCGCCACAUGCUGCCCCCAAACUGAGUGCCGGCUCUGCAGCUUCCCGGCCAAUGGGAGCUGUGGGGGCGGGACCUAUGGCAGUGAGAAGAGCCCCCCCCCCCCUCUAACUCCAAUGCCAGCCACUUCCAGGAGCUGCCUGAGGUAAGUGCUGCCUGGAGCCCAAACCCCCUGCCCCAUCCCUGAGCCCUCUCCCAGAGUCCACACCCCCUCCCAUACUCCAGCCCAGAGCCCCUGCCUGCACCCCCAGCAAGUCCUCACCCCCUUUUGCACCCCGAUCCCCUGCUCCCCCCUCCCCGCCUGGUGAAAAUGAAUGAGCCACAGAGGGAGGGGGGAAUGGAAUGAGCGGGAGCAGGGCCUGGGUGUUCCGAUUUCUGCAAUCAGAAAAUUGUCCACCCUAGAGUAGAGGGGCAGGGAGCCUGCAGCGGCGGGAGCAGGGUUAAGAGCCCCAGAGACACUGGCAUGCUUGGUGCGGGUUCCGGGUCACGGGGGCGAUGCGAUUCCCCCUGUAGGAGUAGAGAGGCUGACGCAGCGCCAGAGCUACAGCGCUCUAGGGCCUCAUCCGCAGACGAGGCUCCUUUUCCCCUGCCCGGCUGGAAACCGGAACCGGAUGUGGUGUCCCGGCCCGGGCGGUGCCUGUAACCGCUCGAGCCGCCUGCGUCAUGGAGUUGAGGCCUUCGCCAGCCUGGAAAAUCGCCCAGACCAUAGAGCUGCUGAACGCCUUGGCAUUUCCGGCUUGAGCUUACGUCACAUCCGUGCGGUUCUGAGAUGCCGGUUAAAUUGAAUAUCUGCCUAGCACAGCUUCUUGCAGGAAGACUGCACUGCUUAAAGGCUAGGAGACUAUGAGAAUAAUCAGAGGGGACUGUUCACUCUGAAUUCUAAACUUGUGCCUUGCCCAGAACAGCUGCAGGAAUCGGAAACUUGAAUCAAUGUUAUCGGAUGAGUUAGAAUCCAAACCAGAGCUGCUGGUUCAAUUUGUUCAGAACACAUCUAUUCCACUGGGGCGGGGGCUGGUGGAAUCAGAACCUAAAGGCAUCACCUGUCUCUCCCUCCUUCCUGUGACUGAGACCUCAGAAUGCAACAGACUGAUGUUGCCAGAUGAUUCUCCAAGUCACACUAACUCCUCCAAAGAUGUUCCUUCAUCUGCUGUCUUGAGAAGCCUUCAGGUAAAUGUAGGCCCUGACGGCGAGGAGACAAGGGCACAAACAGUACAGAAACCACCUGAGCUCCUGUCAAGUCCAGAGCCUUCCGGUUUAUUGCAAGACCUCCAGCCCAGUGACAGCACUUCCUUUAUUCUUCUCAAUCUAACAAGAGCAGGCCUGGGCUGUCCAGCAGAGCACCUGGUGUUUGUUCAGGAUGAAGCAGAGGAUUCUGGGAAUGACUUUCUCUCCCAUGACAGCACCGACAGUAGUACCCCAUGGUUUCUACGAGUGCAGGAAUUGGCCCAUGACAGUUUGAUUGCUGCCACUCGAGCACAGCUCGCAAAGAAUGCCAAAGCAAGCAAUAAUGGUGAAAGUGUUCAUCUUUGCUCAGGAGAUGGGCAGCCGAAAGAUUCCAGCCCCAUCCCUCACCUGUCCCGCGUAGAGAAGAAGCUGAAGUGCACAGUUGAGGGCUGUGAUCGGACAUUUGUGUGGCCAGCCCACUUCAAAUAUCAUUUAAAAACUCACAGGAAUGAUCGUUCUUUCACCUGCCCAGCAGAAGGUUGUGGGAAAAGCUUCUAUGUCCUGCAAAGGCUGAAGGUACACAUGCGAACUCACAAUGGUGAGAAACCAUUUGUCUGCACUGAGGUGGGCUGUGGGAAGCAGUUCACAACAGCUGGGAAUCUGAAGAACCACCUGCGGAUUCAUACUGGAGAAAAGCCCUUCCUGUGUGAGGCACAAGGAUGUGGUCGUUCAUUUGCUGAAUACUCCAGCCUUCGGAAACACCUGGUUGUCCACUCAGGAGUGAAGCCCCAUCAGUGCCAUAUCUGUGGGAAGACAUUUUCCCAGAGUGGUAGCCGGAAUGUGCAUAUGAGAAAGCACCACUCCAGAAUUGGAGCUGCUGGAAGCAGAGAGCGAGAGCAACCGGAGUCGCUGGUGGGCAGCAGUUUGCUGGAAGAAGCAGCUGUGCAUAGUAAGAAUCUGAUCUCCAUGAACUCUCAGCCUCGUCUUGGCGUGGAGUCUCUGCACCUGCCAGAUACUGAGUCUAUUAUUGGAGUAGAGGAGGAGGUUCUUGCUGAAGCGACACCAGGAGCCCUUCAGUCAGCACCUGAUGUCGUUUUGCCACAAUCUCAUCACCUGGUCACCAUGUCAACAGGGAGACACUCCUAUGGGGUGUCUGCUUUACUACAGUAAAUGUACAGUUACAAAAGGAAGAAGAAACCAAUGAUCUAGUAAGAGAAGACACAGGAUGUAAAGUUAAAGAACAGACUUCUGUGUGCAGAUCUCUUAAAGGAGAGAUGCAGGACCUGAAUCCAGAGUACAUGCUGUGCAGGCAGUUUACUUUUCAUGACUUGCUGCAACAAAAACUAAACUGCAGCCCAGAAUGGGAUAUGAGAUGUAGAACAUGAGAGUUCCUGGUUGCUGAAGCAUAUUCCUGAAGCUAAAUUCAGGAGCCACUAAUCAUGUUGGACUGACAGGUGGGACUUUCUAAACCUGCCAUCGGGAGGGAUGCAGCACUUCCACCACUGCAACAUCAAACCACUUUCACCUGAAGCUGAAGUUUGUUCACAAGCUCCAGCACUUACAAGGCAUUAUUAGUAUUGCUUAAGCAACUAAUAGGGGCUUUUCUUAGAGGAGAAUAUUUAGGGUGUUGUGGAUUCUAAAUCAGAGCAUUGCAGUCCCAUUCUUCCUUCUGAGUUUUGAAGGUUUAUUUCCAGGCUGACCCUAACUAGAAUCUGAGGCUCUUCCUUGAGGGGCAGGAGCUUCUCCACCACUCUUCCUUGCUUUAUGAAAAUAUGUUCCCUAGAGUUCCACCUUGCCCCAGAGUCUGAGGCCAGACACAAGUUAGAGGAUUACCUCAGAGCCAGCUCUGCUUCUUGCUUUGCCCCAUAUUUCUUCAUUUCUAAAAUGCUUAUUAGUAUGUUUAGUUUUUUUUAUUUAAAAAUCAGAGGUAGAAGAUUAAGUGUUUUACUGUAUUGUAAAUAAACAGCCUGUUUCGCUCUUUGGCUUCUGA